GGGGGUUAUACCGGAGAAGGGGUGGGAAGUGAAAUAACGCAUUGAGAGCAGCACGAAGACUCAUUCAACGCAAAGAUGGCGGCCCGGACGAUGCAGGCGGCACGAUGCCCCACUGACGAGCUGUCGCUGACAAACUGUGCAGUGGUGAGUGAGAAGGAUCUGCAGUCUGGACAGCAUGUGACUGUCAAAACAACUCCAAACCACAAGUUUGUUUUCACAGCGAAGGUUCAUCACACGGUCACACCCGGGACUAUAGCAUUCAGCUUGCCACAAAGGAAAUGGGCCGGACUCUCCAUUGGGCAGGAAGUGGACGUAAUAAAUUAUACAUUUGACAAAUCAAAGCAGUGUAUCGGUGCAAUGAUGAUCGAGAUCGACUUCCUGCAAAAGAAAAGCACCGACUCAUCACCGUACGAUUCCGAUAAAAUGGCGAGCGAAUUCAUUCAGCAGUUCAAUAACCAGGCCUUCAGCGUGGGGCAACAGUUGGUGUUUAGUUUUUGUGAUAAACUCUUCGGCCUGAUGGUGAAGGACAUUGAGGCAAUGGAUGCAAGCAUACUGAAGGGAGAAACAGCAACUGGAAAAAAACAAAAGAUUGAGAUUGGUCUGUUAGUAGGAAACAGUCAGGUGAUCUUUGAGAAAGCUGAGAGUUCCUCCCUUUCCCUUGUUGGAAAAGCCAAAACCAAAGAGGCGCGUCAGACAAUUAUUAAUCCCGACUGGAACUUUGAGCGCAUGGGCAUCGGCGGCUUGGAUAAAGAGUUUUCGGACAUCUUCCGAAGAGCAUUCGCCUCGCGAGUCUUUCCACCUGAUAUCGUGGAACAGAUGGGAUGCAAGCAUGUUAAAGGAAUUCUCCUCUUCGGUCCUCCCGGUUGUGGUAAGACUCUGAUGGCGAGACAGAUCGGCAAAAUGUUGAACGCCCGCGAGCCAAAAGUCGUGAACGGACCAGAGAUUCUCAAUAAAUAUGUUGGAGAGUCUGAGGCUAAUAUCAGGAAACUGUUUGCUGAUGCUGAGGAGGAGCAAAAGAGGUUGGGUGCUAACAGCGGGCUGCACAUUAUCAUUUUCGAUGAGUUGGAUGCCAUCUGUAAGCAGCGUGGUACAGGAGCAAGCAGCACCGGAGUCCAUGACACUGUGGUCAACCAGCUGCUGUCCAAAAUUGAUGGUGUGGAGCAACUCAACAAUAUCCUUGUUAUAGGAAUGACUAACAGACCUGAUCUAAUAGACGAUGCGCUGAUGAGACCUGGCAGGUUUGAAGUAAAAAUGGAGAUCGGUCUGCCAGAUGAGAAGGGUCGUCUCCAGAUACUCAGCAUUCACACGGCUAAAAUGCGCGAGUUUAAACUGCUAGCAAUGGACGUAAAUCUGAAGGAACUGGCAACUGAAACAAAGAACUACAGUGGUGCUGAGCUGGAGGGAUUAGUGAGAGCUGCCCAAUCUACCGCCAUGAACCGGCACAUCAAGGCCACGACCACUGUGGAAGUAGACCUGGAGAAAGCCGAGAAGCUGCAGGUGUGCAGAGACGAUUUUAUGGGAUCGCUAAACAACGACAUCAAACCUGCGUUUGGUACGAAUCAGGAGGACUACGCGAGUUACAUUAUGAACGGUAUCAUUAAAUGGGGCGAUCCAGUGAGUCACAUUCUGGAUGACGGCGAGCUGCUCGUUCAACAAACCAAGAACAGCGACAGAACUCCGCUGGUGGCUGUGCUGCUCGAAGGUCCUCCUCACAGCGGGAAAACAGCGCUAGCUGCGAAAAUCUCUGAGGAUUCACAGUUCCCCUUCAUUAAGAUCUGCAGCCCGGACAAAAUGAUUGGCUACUCUGAGAUUUCCAAAUGUCAAGCAAUCAAAAAGAUUUUUGAUGAUGCUUAUAAGUCGCAGCUCAGCUGUGUGGUCGUGGACGACAUUGAGCGCCUGCUGGAUUACGUCCCCAUUGGCCCGAGAUUCUCUAACCUCGUCCUCCAAGCGCUGUUGGUUUUACUAAAGAAAGCACCGCCUCAUGGCCGCAAGCUGCUGAUCAUCGGCACCACAAGUCGUAAAGACGUCCUGCAGGAGAUGGAGAUGCUCAACGCCUUUAGCACCACCAUACACAUCCCAAACAUCAACACAGGGGAACACCUGGUGGAGGCGCUAGAGUUGUUGGGCAGCUUCACGGACGCAGAGAGAGCGACUAUCGCCCGGGAUGUCAAAGGAAAGCGAGUGUGGAUUGGAAUUAAGAAACUUCUCAUGCUCAUCGAGAUGUCACUGCAGAUGGAUCAGGCGUAUCGUGUCAGCAAAUUCCUCACUCUGCUGCGGGCUGAGGGAGCGCUGGAUGAGAGCAAUCACAUCCGAAUUUAACAUCUCCCUUGCUCUCUGAGAUCACAGCUUCUAAGAGUUCGAAGUGGAGCUCCGACUUGCUGUACACCCCUUCAACGUUACCCCCCUUCUCAAACACACACACAAUUGUGGGUGUGUGUGUGUGUGUGUAGCGUCUUGUGCUUUGUGAGCUGCUGUUCUAAAUAUUUAAUACGGUACAUAAUAAAAAAAAAAUUAAAAAAAGAUGUACAAACCCCUCACUAUACACAAUAUUCUGUAGUGUGUGUGUGUGUGUGUGUGAAUGUGUCUCAUUCAUAUAUAUUUAUUGAGAGCCUCAUGCAGGUGUAUGAUACGCGAGUACAAUUUUAAAUUCUGAGUGCGUUGUCUUGUUGUAACACACACACAGACGAUGUCCUGUUACAUUUAUGAGUGUAGUGGGCUAAGUUGUGGUGUAGAGUUACACUGUGCUGUACGUGUGUGUGCGAGCGCGAGAGAGCGAUUUAAUCAGGAUGGAAAUGUUGAACAUGAUAGAAAGUUCUAUACGACCGGAGCCGACUGACUGCGCCAGAGGCCAUUCGAUUAUAAUCCAAUCCGCAGAACGAGUCACAGAAAUUAAAAUGAAAACAGAUGAUCGGGUUAAAUGCAAGAGUGCGAAUUAGCUGAACUUUCCAGACUCUCUCUCUUCACCCCUGCCGUACACCAAAUGUUUAUUGUACAUUAAAAAAGACUAAACAAAAUCACAAAUGUUUGCUUACACUUGUAUCGUCUGUUACUGAAAGAUUCAUGUUCUAGGCCAGCUAGCUAAUUUAUAAUCAUUAGCUUUUAGCUAGCUAGUGAUGUUAACGCACUAGUUUUGGCUGAACUACACAAGAGUUUAUCAGCGCUAGGGCUUUUGUUCAUUUAUAUUUGCAUGAUUUAGUUACCGAUCUGCUCUCUGAACUAUAUUAUAGAUUAUGGGACAAAACGCAGAUCAAAUUUUGUUCAGUUUGUGUGAUGUGUGUACUGUGCCUGGUGGUGGUAAUGGGGGAAACAUUUGAUUAACUAAUGGUUCAUACACCCAGCUCAAACUCGUGUGCGUGUGUGUGUGUGUCUUUGAGGAGUGUCUCAAAUGAAAAUGGUGUCUCUCUAAAUCCAGUGUGAGAGUGUGUGUAUGGGGCUCGUUAUGUUUUUUGGUGUGCGUAAAUAUUUUAUUAGUAAUGAUCAUCAGCAAUGAGUAAUUUAUUUGGCUUGUGUACUUUGCUCGGUGAUUAGUGCUUGAAGUUUACAGAUGUGAUGUCCUGAAUAUUAAUGAUGUUUGUGAAUAUUAAUGAUGUGUUACUGCAAUAAACACGCACAGACGAAAA